CGCGACCUGCCCAGGGGGGCCCAGGCCUGACUGUCCCCGGCCGGCUCCGCGUCCCCCUGCUUCGGAAACGCAGCUGCAGCUUGCCGGCGGUCUGGCCUGGGGGAGCUUGGACACGGACAGCCCCAGGGGCCGGGCUGACCCCGGGAGUAGGGCUUAGGUAGACCGUGUCAUCCUGGCCCUGAGAAGAAACUCAAGAAGAAGACACUUAAAGGUUAGAUGGGGCUUGACCUCUGCUGGACGUCCCCCAGCUCCAAGAGUCCCCCCUCCGAGCGGAGAAGAUGGCUGCAGAACUGAGAGAGGCCAGGGCCUUGGCCCCCUGGGGCUCAGUGACCGUGAAAAAGGAGGAGGAAGAGGAAGAAAACGUCCUGGGUCAGGCGUCUAGCCAGCAAGUGCACUCUGAGAACAUCAGAGUCUGGGCUCCUGGGGCAAGUCCCCAGACAGGCCUUGAUCUAUCAGAACAGGAAGAAAAGGAUCCAAACAUGUUCUGGAACAUGGCUGUAGUCCUGAAAGCAACACAGGAGGCACCUGCGGCCUCAGCCCUUGGCACCUCCUCAUUAUCAGGGACUCUGGCCAGGAGUGAGAUACUGGAGACACAUGGGAACAUGACCUCUAUAGGUGCUGAAACCAAGAACCCACAGUUACUGGUUCCAAAAACUGAGAUAUGUGAUGAGGCAGAAAAACCCUUCAUAACACCAGGAAGAGUCCAGAAAGCUAAUCCUCAAGCACCUGAGUCGGGAGAAGCCUGUGAAAAAGGGAGCGUGUUAAAGAAGCCGCGGAUCAAGAGGGAAAAGAACGACGUCAGACAAGUGACAGUGACGGCCCGCCGCGCACCUGAAAGCUUCAAAGUGGAGGCAGACCAGAAAUGUCCCGACUCUGGGGAAAGGUAUAGCCUGAGUUCCGGCUCUGUUAAAAAUCAGAAAAGCCAGCCUGGACAGAAGCCUUUUACUUGUAGUGUGUGUGGAAAAGGCUUUAGUCAGAGUGCAAACCUGGUGGUGCAUCAGCGAAUCCACACCGGGGAGAAGCCCUUUGAAUGUCAUGAGUGUGGCAAGGCUUUCAUUCAGAGUGCAAACCUGGUGGUGCAUCAGCGAAUCCACACUGGACAGAAACCGUAUGUUUGUUCAAAAUGUGGGAAAGCCUUCACUCAGAGUUCAAAUCUGACCGUACAUCAAAAAAUCCACUCGCUAGAAAAAACCUUUAAGUGCAGUGAAUGUGAGAAAGCCUUCAGUUACAGCUCACAACUUGCUCGGCACCAGAAAGUCCACAUUACAGAAAAAUGCUACGAAUGUAAUGAAUGUGGAAAGACAUUCACUCGGAGCUCAAACCUCAUUGUCCACCAGAGGAUCCACACUGGGGAGAAGCCCUUUGCCUGUAAUGAUUGUGGCAAAGCCUUCACCCAGAGUGCGAAUCUUAUUGUGCAUCAGCGAAGCCAUACUGGUGAGAAGCCAUAUGAGUGUAAGGAAUGUGGAAAGGCCUUUAGUUGUUUUUCGCAUCUUAUUGUGCACCAGAGAAUUCACACUGCAGAGAAACCUUAUGAUUGCAGUGAGUGUGGAAAAGCCUUCAGUCAGCUCUCUUGCCUUAUCGUGCAUCAGAGGAUUCACAGUGGAGAUCUCCCUUAUGUGUGUAAUGAGUGUGGGAAAGCCUUCACGUGUAGCUCAUACCUGCUUAUUCAUCAGAGAAUUCAUAAUGGGGAGAAGCCUUACACAUGCAACGAGUGUGGCAAGGCCUUCCGGCAGAGGUCGAGUCUCACUGUGCACCAGAGAACCCACACUGGGGAGAAGCCCUAUGAGUGUGCCAAGUGUGGUGCAGCUUUCAUUUCUAACUCGCACCUCAUGCGACACCACAGAACUCACCUUGUUGAAUGAGAGGUGCUUGUUACUCCGGGCACUGCUCAUAAUCCACUACCCUCUAAUCGGAUACGUCUUUGGUGUUUUGUUCCUCUGUAAAAACGAGGCCCACCAUGUUAUAAGCAGUUUUCCAGAAUGCAGCACACAACACAAGACAAGCAUUUCAGAGGCUGACUUCAAGACAGUGAAAGCUAAGCAUCUUAAGGCAAGGACUGUAUUGUGAACUGUGCCCUCACUAGUCCUGUUUGAAAUGGAAUGUGGCUUCUUAAAAAUGGGUCAUGCAAAAGGUGAUAAAGAUCCUGUUUCAGGAAAGGUAUUUUUAGCUUAAUUUUGUUUUUUGAACCUGGUAGUUUCCUGAGCAACAGGCAGGUUAUCGGUAAAGGUCUGCCUGGUGGAAUUCUGGAGCUUUGAACCUUGUCUUCUAGUGUUUGAGUUAAGCAGUGAUUAGUUAAGGAACCCACUUGGGGUAGCGACUCACCAACAACCCAACCUAUGAACAUUUAUUAGCUUUCCAUUCCUUAGGUGAUUUAAACAUUAAAAAACAAACAAAAAACACCCUAUUCACUGUCUGCUGCUCCUAAGAUGGAUAGAAGUGGGAAGCAGCUGUUUCUCUUACUAUCUAUGACUCGGGAACCUUGGUAUAGUAAAGCUCUGGGGACCUCUGACCAGUCUCUUCUUGGCCAUUCCCCAGUCUGCGUGGCCAAGCACUUGAGGACUGAUGGAGACCACACACUGGGGCCACGAAUGCGCUGGCCUGCAUUCAGUUGCUGAGAUCAGCAACUCUGAGUGACCCUAACUCCCAUUGCGCUCCCACCGGAGUAAGAUGCCUGUAGCACUCCCCUUCCCAGAUAGAGGAGUCAAAGAAUAAAGCUUGCCAAGGGGCGUGCCCACGUUGUCUAUGCUCAUUCCACUUAGCCUCAGCCAGGGGGUUCAAUUUGGGUGUUAUUCUCACUUUCUGGCUGGUCUUUAGAAGACCUAAUGGAGUCCCAAUUCUGAGAGGGAAGAGGCAGAACGGGACUCCUUAGGCCUUAAUUUGUUGUUGUUUUUUGAGAAGUUCAAAGGUAUUGGAAUGUGAAAACUUAGAAGGAUGAAGAAACUGGCUAAGGUAAGAUAACCUUUGUUACCGUUGAGCCUUUCUUCUUAGUAUUAAGUGAUUUAUAAAACUAUGCAAUAGGUAGUUUUGUGAUAUUGCCUUGUAUUUAUACAGAACUGAAUUCUGUGUUUAAAGCUGAUUAUGCACCUUCAUGUAUAGAAACAAGAUUCCCUCCAGCACUUCUCUCAUGCUUUCCCCUAGAUCCUCACCUUCAUCCUUAGAUUAAGAGUGGUCUGCCCCGCCUCUCUGGGAGUGGUCAGGCAGCAAAGAGCAGCCUGCAUUCAAAUCCAGGCCUUGAGUCUGGGUUCUCUUUGUUCUGCCGUGCUGUGUGUCUCACCACCUGUAAUCCUCACCUGGAGCUGUGCAGAGCCUGAGAAAGGGGUAUGUCUGGUCUCACUUUCAGGUGAGGAAGCUGAGGUGGACCGAUUGGGGGAUGUGCCUUGGGCAGAGUAACCAGGAAGCAGGAUAUCUGAGACGAAUUUGAGUUUCCUAAGGCCUGGAUCUGUCUCUUCACCCCAUUCAGCAAACGUGCGCAUGCCGUAAAUGCCCCACCUGUUGAUAAGCAACCUGGUGUGACUCUCACUAGAAGUCCCUCCUUUGGGGCUCUCCUGGCUGAUUUGUAUUUUACAGAACACUUCUCAUGUACACAUCAACAGGAAAGCUUGUUUAUUUUCUCUUCCGCCUCCUUUCAGCCGUGGUUUUUUAUCCAAGCAUGUGCACCUUCUUUUCCCAGUUGCACUGUCCGUCAUACACAACUGUAAGAAAUCAGUAGAAUUCAAAAGUGAGAAUCAAAAAUGCCCAUGUCCUCACUGACGCUGGAGUCCCUAGUCCUGUCCCCUAGCUUGCAGUGGAGAGACCCGAGGAUAAGACCAUGUGCAUAAUAGGAACAAGCUUAGGUUCCCUGCUCCCCAGCAGGAUCAGGAAACCCAGAAGAGAAGAGAGGGAGAACCGGUCUGAAGAUUUGGGACGAAUUGGUGACCUGGACCUAUCAAGCAAGAGACUAAAAGUCCUUUCCCUGAAAAGUACCAGCUGGGACUUCUGACCAUUGGGGCAGUUAGAUUGUUUUAACUUCACAUUGUAUGUUUAUCCUCAUAAUUGAAUGCUCAUCGUGGAUGAUUAUGAUUUCCUGGCUGAAGGUUGCUAUUCAUAGGCAAUUCAGAAAGGGCUACUCGGGUGAUUGUGAUGUGAAGGUGAAGUGAAGCUUGAUUUGCGCAUCAGACCUGACUUGGCAGUGAAACAGUGGUUUUUCAUUUGGCUGCAUGCUGAAAUCACCCUGAGUACUUAAACUGUUCCAGUCCCAGAGCCAAGGGAUACUUUUUUUUUUUUUUUAAGAUCUGGAUGGAAACCCUGUGUAACCAAGGUAAUGGCCACUGUAGUCAAAUAAAGUCUGUAGGCCACAGAUACAUGUGAUCGAAGGUGGAGUGGGGAAGCCCUAGAAGAAAGGUCUGGAUGUUUAGAGUGUUCUGUGUGGUUUCAGUAAAACAAGACGCUGACAACGUUGGCUGUACUGGGUGUCCUGUACCUUGGCUGUGAGGAUUCGGUGACUUACUCUGUAUUUUAAGUGAUACACCACACUUUUUAUUUAUAUGAGCAAAAUAAGUUUUAACCUAACAUACUUUUAUGUUCCUCAUCCAA